AUGGCCCCUCGCGUUUCCUCCAAGACCUACAAGGUCCCCCGUCGCCCCUUCGAGUCGGCCCGUCUUGAUGCUGAGCUCAAGACUGUCGGCGAGUUCGGCCUGCGCAACAAGCGCGAGGUGUGGCGUGUCCAGCUCACCCUCUCCAAGAUCCGUCGUGCUGCUCGUGAGCUCCUUACUCUCGACGAGAAGGACCCCAAGCGUCUCUUCGAAGGCAAUGCCCUCAUUCGCCGUCUUGUCCGCAUCGGUGUGCUCGAUGAGGCCCGCAUGAAGCUCGAUUACGUCCUUGCCCUCAAGGCCGACGAUUUCCUCGAGCGCCGUCUCCAGACCUGCGUCUACAAGCUUGGCCUCGCCAAGUCCAUCCACCACGCCCGUGUCCUGAUCAAGCAGCGUCACAUCCGCGUCGGAAAGCAGAUCGUCAACGUUCCCUCGUUCAUGGUCCGCCUCGACUCCCAGAAGCACAUCGACUUCUCUCUCACCUCUCCCUUCGGUGGUGGCCGCCCCGGUCGCGUUCGCCGCAAGAAGGCCGCCGCCGCCGCUGGUGGUGAUGACGCCGAGGAGGAGGAGGAGGAAUAA